GGGAUAUUAUAAGUAGAGAAGUAAGCCCUAGGCUGGCUCUCCUACUACUAGGCCUAGUCGCUUGCUGCAGUGAAGGCGGCGAGAAGCGGCACUAAGCCUAGGCUAGUAGUAGUACUACUACUAUGGUAGGCCUAGCCAUAUCGAGGAAUGAUCGUAAGUGGUACGAAUGUUAAAUUUGUUAACUUCAGUGAGAAACUUCAUUCCAACUAUCUCUGGUACACUGAGAGUGACUUCAUGCAUGGCUGAACAAGGUUAUCAUAGGGGAAGAGAUCGUAGAGGUGGCAGAGGAAGGGGUAACAGAGGCUUCGGUGGGCAUAGACAUUAUGAAGUUGAUCCUGAAGCAGAAAGGACCAGAGAUGGUGGAGAGUGGCAAAGAAGAGGGAGAGGAGGAGGGGGUAGGGGUGGCAGAGGAGGUAGAGGUGGCCCACCUCCAGGAUUGAAAGGACGUGAGAUUGGUAUGUGGUAUGCACAGAGAGCCAAAGCAAAGAAACAUAAACAGGCCCCCACUGUAAUGAUGCAGAAUAGUCAUAUAAAUCGCAUUGAUCGUUUGCUAGAAGAUGUGAAAUGUGAAGAAACCAGUGAGGCAGACCUUAGUGAAUUGAACUAUGAUACCGGAAAUAGUGAAAACAGGGAAAAAUGGAAAUUUUACUCAGAGACUUUGAGAGACAAACCAAAACUGAAUGAAAAAUUUUUAGAGGAGUUGGAAAAAAAGAAAGACAAUGAACGAUACAAGCGCAUGCAAGAAUUUAGACAAAAGCUUCCAUCGUACAAACUACAAAAGGAAAUUUUAGAUGCCAUUAACUCAAGUCAAGUAGUAGUCUUGAGUGGAGAAACAGGGUGUGGCAAAACAACACAGGUUUCACAGUUUAUUCUUGAUGACUAUAUAAGGAAAGGUCAAGGUUCAUUAUGUAGGAUCGUUUGUACACAACCCAGAAGGAUAAGUGCAAUAUCUGUUGCCAAUCGUGUAGCAGCUGAGAGAGCUGAGGCGUGUGGCCAUGGUAACAGUUGUGGAUAUCAGAUUCGAUUGGAAGCUGAGUUUCCACGACUACAAGGGUGUAUCGUGUACUGUACCACAGGCAUCUUACUAAAAUGGAUGGAGUUUGAUAGCAACUUAAGUAGCACAAGUCAUGUGAUCCUUGAUGAAAUUCAUGAACGUGAUGUCCUCUCAGACUUUCUUCUCAUGAUGUUAAGAGACGUUCUUCCCAAAAGGCCUAACCUGAAGUUAAUCCUGAUGAGUGCAACAUUGAACGCGGCCAAGUUUUCCGAGUACUUCGGGGAUAGUCCCAUGCUGAACAUUCCGGGAUUCACAUUCCCGGUACAGGAGUACUUCAUUGAGGAUGUGCUGCAACUCACAAGGUAUCAUCCUCCACCAAAAACCAAACGAUUUGAACCUAAGUGGGUUAAAUUUGCCAAAGGAAGGAAAUUUAGGGAAGAGGAGAUGAGGAAGGAACAAGAAUUUCAGGAGUUGUUUGCAGGCUAUAUUGAAAAACAAAGCAAAUUAUACAAUGAAGAAACGGUAGAAAGCCUUGUCAAUAUGGAUCAUGAUGUCAUUGACUAUGAUUUGAUGUUGCAAACCAUUUUAUACAUCAUACGAGAGAAAGAUGAUGGUGCUAUUCUGAUUUUCUUACCUGGAUGGGAUCAAAUAAGUCGCUUAAAUGACAAGUUAAUGUCACAGGCGAUGUUCAAAUCCAGAGACUACCUUAUUAUUCCUUUGCACUCAAUGAUGCCAACAGUGAACCAACAGCAGGUGUUUGAUAGACCACCAAAAGGUGUCAGAAAAAUCAUCAUAGCAACCAACAUUGCCGAGACGAGUAUAACCAUCGAUGAUGUUGUCUUUGUCAUAGACGCUGGCAAAGUGAAGGAAAAGAACUUUGAUGUAAAGAACAAUAUAAGUACCCUGCAACCAGAGUGGACUAGUCUGGCUGCUGCUAAACAGCGAAGAGGAAGAGCAGGGAGAGUCCAGCCCGGUGAAUGCUAUCAUCUGUACUCAACGCUACGCCACAGUAUGAUGCCUGACUACCAACUGCCAGAGAUGCAGAGAACACCACUGGAAGAAGUCUGCCUUCAGAUCAAGACUCUAAAACUUGGACUUGUGCGCAACUUUCUUGAUAAAGCUAUGGAUAAACCAGAUGAAAAAGCAAUUACUUUAGCACUUACAGCUCUAAAACAAAUGAAUGCCUUUGAUGAAAAUGAGGAUUUAACCCCACUUGGUUACCACCUUGCUAGACUCCCAGUCGAGCCAAAGAUUGGUCGUCUCAUUCUCUUUGGUGCUAUGUUUUGCUGUCUGGAUCCAAUUCUUACCAUAGCAGCUUGUUUAAGUUUUAAAGACCCUUUCUUCACACCACUGGGCAAGGAGAAGGAGGCAGACGUUCAGAAAUGGAAGUUGUCGUGUGGAUCUAAAAGCGAUCAUCUGAUGAUGGUGUAUGCUUUCCGUAAAUGGGAAAUGGCUCGUGCUACAGGUGCGCAAGCUGAGAGGGCGUUCUGCUGGGAUAAUUUCAUGUCCCUCGGCACAACAAAGAUGUUGGAUAAUAUGAAGACUCAAUUUUGUGAACUAUUGUGUAACAUUGGAUUUGUGAUGGAUAAAAAUUGUAAGCAAGAUGAAGCUAAUAUCCAUUCAGACAAUGAUCAGUUAAUUAAAGCUGUCCUGUGUGCUGGACUUUAUCCCAAUGUGAGUCAAGUUAGUGCAAGAAUGUUGAAAAAAGGUCCACGUGUUAAGUGUUACACAAAGCAAGAUGGAAAGGUAGACAUACACCCCAAGUCUGUAAACGCCAAAGAGACCAGUUUCCCUAGUAACUACCUACUUUAUCAUCUGAAACUGAAAUCGUCCGGGGUGUACCUUCACGAUACCACCAUGGUAGAACCGUACCCAUUACUCUUCUUUGGUGGUGAUUUGCACGUCGGUGUUGAUGAAGACGGACAAGAGAUCAUAUCUGUAGAUGAUCAAGUUACAUUUAGAUCCCAGGAAAGGAUAGCAGCUCUUGUUAAGGACCUCCGCAAAGAAUUAGAUAAAUUAUUAGAAGCAAAGAUCACAAGACCAGGAUUAACCAAUUGGAGCAAGAGGUCAAAAGAGGGGAAGAUAAUGAGUGCUAUUGUUGAACUGCUGACUAUGUAUGGACCACGACAAGAAAAUGACGGAAGAGAUGAGGAUUAUGAUGAUUUCUGAGAACUGAAUUAAAAUGACACUAAACUAUUGUCAUGAUGGACGGACCAUGUGAAGGGAAUGCCCCAAGAGAUGGAGGAUCAAAACCACUGAUGAUGUAGUAACUAUGGCAACAAUUUUAAAUCAAUAGUCUCAAUUGCACAUAACUGUGUCACAAGUUCAAUACAAAUAAAAAAUCAUGCAGUUUAAUGCUAUUAUCAGCAUUUUAACAAUAUUGUAAGUGUGAUCCGUCCGGUGAAGCAGAUCAUGGAAAUUUUAAAUUGAGAGCUAUAAGUAUCCUAUAACCAAUUCUCUUUUGAGAUUUUCGGGGUGAGAUGCCUUGAAGGAUUGAAGAAUUAAUGCAAAGCGUUCAAAUGGCACCUGCCUAAUACAUCAUAAUAUGCUUGAAUUUAUUACAAAUCAACAAAGAAAAAACAAUGGUAUUUUAGUUUACAAGACUAUCUCUUCAUUUAAUGAUAUACAUAAUGUAGUCCAUAAUUAAGUUGACAAUGGACAAAUUAUUUUCAACAUAAAAGCAUUCAGAGAGUGGUAUUUCCAGACAUCUAGAUGUGUCAUUGGGAAAAAAAAACUGACAUAAAGUAAUAUUUAUUUUGGUUUAUAAUUUUGUCAUUACAAAAUAGACAACUGCAUCACACACUAUGGUUGUUUUCUAUUAAAAUUCAUUUGUGUAGGCAGGUUGAUAUUACAUGGAAAAUGGUAAUUCUUGCUAAUGAUGCUAUGACAUAAUUAGCUGGCUAAAAACUGACACUUUGUAUCGAUUGGUUAACACACUACAAACUUCAUUUAAGAAACAGAAUACAAGGACAACUUUCAGCUUCCGGUUAAGCACUGAAAAUAUCAUUAUUGGAAGCAUGGUACUUGAGAGAAUAAAGUAUAAUUUUUGAAAGAUGUAAUGGUGUUUUAUUUUACCAGGCAACAGUUAAUUUAACUGUUCCCUGGUUUUACCAUGGUUCUACUGAUGUUUAGAAGUACAUUUAUAUAAUUUGAAAAAACAUCAUUAUUGGAAGCAUGGUACCUGAGAGAAUAAAGUAUGAUUUCUAAAAGA